GAAACUGCUUUUUUAUCAAACCGUUUCCCAGGGAAACGGGUGCAUCGCAGAUACCAUUUUGCUGUAGUAGCGGAGGAUCUUUUCAGUUCGUCUACUCUACCGUUGCAUGUUAGGUGACUGCGUACCGAAUAGCUCCGGAACUCAGUAUAUUGAAGCUAAAAUGGACUCACCAACCACCGUGUCGUCGCCAGCCACAGUGGCCGAUUGUACGGUAAAGGAUACGCUUGAAAAGCAGAUAGCAAACAUCGAUGAGCGCAUCAAGCAACUGGUACAAGAGUCACAGGGUUCUUCAUCCGGCACCGGAACCACCGCCAAUCCACCUAGCAUCGCUGCCAAGGUGCAGGCUCUGCGUAAAGUCCAACAGCAGAUCGUCGAGAAGGAGGUGAAACUGUAUCUCACGACCCACGCCAUGGAGGUGGAAUUUCAGUCCGAGUUUCGCGAAUGUUACGACACGCUCGCCCAAAUUGUAAGUGGAUCCGCCGGCUCGCCGAACCUGGUGGAAUCGGAAGCCAACCCAAACGACCGGGCCGACCAGGCGCUGGGUGUGGCCGGCUUUUGGCUCACCGUGCUCAAGGCCAGCAUGCUGGACCAUCUGAUCGAGGAAGCGGAUGAGCCGGCGUUGCAAAAGCUCAAGGACAUUCGGUGCGAACUGAAGUCUGACCCAACGCCCGGUUUCGUGCUGGUGUUUCACUUCGAACCGAACGACUUCUUCACGAACGAGGUGCUCACGAAGGAAUACUUUCUGCGCUGUGCCCCGGACCCACUGAAACCGUCCAUGUUCAAUGGGUUCGAAAUAUUCCACUGCGUUGGCUGCAGAAUUGAUUGGAAGGAGGGCCAGAAUCUGAUCGAACAGAGUGAAUCGGACCGGGAGGAUGCGGCCGGUGCUUCGUUCUUUAGUUUCUUUGAACCGGAACGAUGUGCACCGGAUGACUGCGAUCCGGAUAUUGGCGUAGCGCUGAUGGAGUGUGAUUUUCAGUACGGUUACUACAUUCGCGAGAAGAUCAUACCACGGGCCGUGUCACUGUUUCUGAGGGAGAUCGACAACGUGAAGGAAACGUGCGAUAAAUGUACCUGUCAGCGGUGCAUGUAUAAGCAUUUAUUCGAUUCGACCCUGGACUGUUCUAAUUCUGUUGGUCAACCGCUUGAAGAAGCGCACGAUCAGAUGGAACGUUCCGAUUCGCAGGAAAGAGCGCUGCAGCGGGACUCAGGGAUUAAUAUUUGAAGAAUGGAGCCAAUAGGUGGUGUGAAUGUAUGUUUGAAGGGGAAAUUUAUUUUCUUUUUAUUAGAAAUUUGUCAUUCAGUUUUUUUUAAACCUGGCAGAGGGUAAUUUUGAUGCACAAAUAUAAUGGAGAUAUGGUCAUGUUCCGGCGAAAUCAACAAAACGGCUUGCGAUCAGUUAGAAACCAUGACUGGGCAUAAAAUUGUAAGAACUCAAUACCAUUCUCAAACGAACUUGAUA